CAAAAGUUCACAACAGAUGUUAUCAACAAGUCAUUGAACCCCGUCUGGGACGCCUCCUUCGACUUUGAUCUCGAGGCGCAAUCACUACCAGAUCAGGCCAGUCUCAUGUUCUGGGACAAGGAUCGCUGGGGCCGAGAUGAUUACCUCGGUACUGUCUACAUCCCCUUUGACCGUGCAUCUCUCUGGCUCGACUCGACGCCAAGGCACUUUGACGACCCGCAAAAUGAGGCAAGUAUUUAUUAUUUAUGA